GGUGUCACGGACAUGCGCAGUCCCCGCUGAGUAACAGCAGUAGAGUAAUGAUGGCGUCCUCAGCGGCUCGCUGCUCCACACGUUGGAUAACAGUUGCCGUGUCCUCCGGUCACCGUCCUGCUUGUUGUGCUCUGGCCCCUUCCAAUGGAGGCUCAAGAAGUCUGUCGACUUUUGGAGCACAGAAAAUCUGGUCGGGAAGCAAUGCAAUGCGUGGGGGCACGGGGAAUGCGUUGACAUUGAGAGGUCUGUCAGGUGUUAAAUCUCCCCAUGUCAUCUGCACACUGUCCUUCCACACAAGUGCCCCAGCCUCCAACAAACAGGACUUCUACACGGUGUUGGAGGUACCACGCACUGCCACCCAGAAAGAGAUCAAGAAAGCGUAUUACCAGAUGGCUAAGAAGUAUCACCCUGACACCAACAAGGAAGACCCUAAGGCCAAGGAGAAAUUUGCUCAGCUGGCUGAGGCUUAUGAGGUGCUGAGUGACGAGGUGAAGAGGAAGCAGUAUGACACGUACGGGGUGGCAGGGUUCGACGCCAGCCAGGCGGGCGGUGGUGGUGGACACCAGCAGUACUGGAGCGGACAGGCCAACAGCGUGGACCCAGAGGAACUGUUCCGCAAGAUCUUUGGGGAGUUCUCCGGAAGCCGCGGCUUCGGCGACUUCAAUGCCGUAUUUGAUCAGCCCCAGGAGUUUAUCAUGGAGCUGACGUUCACCCAAGCUGCCAAGGGGGUCAACAAAGAGAUGGCGUUCAACACUGAGGCCAGCUGCCAGCGUUGUGAUGGCAAAGGGAGCGAGCCUGGCACCAAGGUUGUGCACUGCCACUACUGCAACGGCUCUGGCAUGGAGACGGUGAACACUGGCCCCUUUGUGAUGCGGUCGACAUGCCGUCGGUGUAAUGGGAAAGGCACUGUGAUCUCCACCCCAUGUAACUCCUGUCACGGGACCGGACAGACCAGACAGAAAAAGACAGUAAUGGUCCCUGUCCCAGCAGGUGAGACACACCUACACACUGACUGUCACUCGCUCCUAUACCUACCCAGUCUUAUCUAGAAUCUUUCAAAACAU